CGAUUUCUUUUAAUAUUUCCUUUAUCACCAAGUUACGAAAAAGAAAUUAAAAAAAAUUUUUUAUUAUCAUUAUUCUUCUCGUUAAUUUUAUAAUAUGGAAAAAGAAACUUUCCAAAUUAUGAAAAGACCUAUUGAAAGAGGGCCGAUAAAAGUUCGAACAAACUUCUUUGAAGUUACUAAGUUACCGAAAACAAAAAUUACACAUUAUGAUGUAAAGAUAAGUCCUGAGGUACCACGGCGAUUAAAUAGGGAAGUAUUUAACCGUUUUUCGGAAGAAAACCAAGAAGCCCUUGGGGGUGUAAAACCAGUAUUCAAUGGAAGAGCAGAUAUGUUUACACACAAGCAAUUGCCAUUUGAAAGCAAAAGUUUUGAAGUGAAAAUAGAGCAAGUUAACGCGCUCGUGACUAAAAAACGUCUACCUGAAAUAUUUAAAAUUGCAAUAAGAAAAAUUGGAGUCAUUGACAUAGAGGACCUAUUCCAAUUUUUACACGGAAAAGGCAACUUAACCAAUAAUUGCCAAAUGGCAAUAUAUGCAGUGAACAUCAUUAUCAGUCAAGAGAUUUCUGCAAAUCAUCCUACUUUACUAUAUAAUUUUUAUACUCCGCAGGGAGCUACAUCCCUCCAUGAGGGCAUAGAGGCUUGGCAGGGGUAUCACCAAUCAGCACAUCCUACAAGGGGCAAAAUGAUGAUAAACAUAGACUUACAUGCUGCUGCUUUCUACGAAGGUGGUCCACUUAUUCAGAUGGUUGCAAAAAUAUUGGGUCUUAGAUCUCCCAAUAAUCUACGUAGACGAUUAUCAGAUAUGGAACAUCAAAAAGUUGAGAAGAGAAUAAAAAAUCUUAGAAUAAGUGAUAAUCAUAGACCAGAAAAUAAACAAAAAUUUAUGAUUGAGAAAUUAACUCAAAAUUCAGCUUCUGACAUUAUGCUCGAAGUUAUUGGUAAUAAGAUUGAUCUGAAAACCUAUUUCCAAAAUAUAUAUAAUAUACGUUUAUUAUAUCCAUUUCUUCCUUGCGUUGUUGUAAGGAAAAAUAUUUAUCUCCCAAUUGAAGUUUGUGAUGUAAUUCCGGAACAACGAUAUUGGCGAAAAUUGGAUUGUAAUCAAACAAAUAAAAUGACAAAAUUUGCUCGUCAAAAUCCGACCAUUCGGGCAAAUAGGAUUCAGACUGGUCUCAAUAUAUUAAAUUACCGAGAUAACAGAUAUCUUAAACAAUUCGGGAUGGAAGUAUCAAGUGAUAUGACUGUGGUGAACGCUAGGAUUCUCCCAACUCCAACAAUUCAAUACCAUCAGUCAUCAAGGAAGAGUCAUGUCCGGCCGAAUGGUGGAUUGUGGAAUUUACGAGAUAAAAAAGUAAUAAAUGGUGCCAUUCUCAGCUCAUGGUCAAUUUUGGCCUUUUUAAGUUAUAAAGACUUACCUGACCAAGCUAUUAAGCUUUUCAUAAGAGAAUUAAUUACUACAUGUCAAGAUACAGGAAUGAAUAUCUCAGAGAGGGAUCCUCCUAUAUGUCAUGCAAAUCCUAUAGGAAAUACUGGAGAAUCAUUAAAAAAAGCUUGGUUGAAGGCUAGAGAAAAGGCGUGGGGAGUUAAACCACAGCUUAUUCUUUGUAUUCUCCCAAAUACUGGAUCAAAUUUAUAUGCCGAAAUUAAACGUGUUAGUGACACAAUUAUUGGUGUCGCAACACAGUGUGUCCAAAGUACACAUACGAAAAAACCGGUAAAACAAUAUUGUGUGAACAUUUGCCUAAAGAUGAACGUUAAACUUGGAGGAGAGAAUUCAUUCCUCAUUCCCGAACAUAUUCAAUUCUUGGCAGAUGAGCCUACUAUUUUGAUGGGCGCAGACAUUAAUUAUCCUUCAUCUGGCUAUAAUGAAAGUCCAUAUUACGCUGCCCUAUGUGGUUCCGUGAAUGUUAAGGCAUCACAUUAUGCAGCGUCAAUUAGCGUUCAACCCAUCUUUUCUGAAAUAAUAGUAGAUUUGGCAAAUAUGGUUAAAGAAUUGUUAAAAACAUUUUAUCAAACUUGUGGGUUAAAACCCAAAAAAAUUUUAUUUUACAGGAACGAUGUUUCAAAGAUUCAAUUUAAGUAUGUGCUAGAAAGAGAACUAACUGCAAUUAAAGAAGCAUGUCAAAGUCUUGAGGCUGAUUAUAAACCCACUAUCACAUUUGUUGUGGUACAGAAGAGACACCGCACACGUUUUUUUCCAAUAGAAAGGAAAAAUGCUGAUAGAUCAGGAAAUUGUCUUCCUGGUACUGUUGUUGAAAUGGACAUUACACAUCCAUUUGAAUUUGAUUUUUAUUUAUUAAGUCAUGCUGGACUACAGGGGACGUCUCGGCCAACUUAUUAUCAAGUUUUAUAUGACGAAAACGGAUUUGAUGCAAAUAAGUUACAAACGUUAUCAUAUAAUCUCUGUCAUAUAUAUGCACGUUGUACACGUGCAGUAUCUUUGGUACCUCCGGUAUAUUACGCCCACCUAGCUGGCAAAAGGGCAAGACUUUACUCAUUUCAUUACACUGAUACGGAAUCAUCUGAAGGUGGCAAAAAUGUUGCAGUAGCAGUAAGGGAAGAGCUACGAAAGGUUAUGUACUUUAUAUAACAACAUCGUAUAAAAUUAUCAGAAAUGAAAACUUACUUGCAUUAUAUUUAUCCAAAAAAAAUAUAUUUAAAUUUUAAAUUUUAUUUAUUGAUUUAUUUUGAUUUGUAAAUGGUAUUUAAACCAAAAAAAAAAAGUCUUAUAUUUAAAUUGGAUAUAGAAUAUAAUUGCCAACUGUUACAUUAGUGUUAUGUUUUACUUUGUUUUUAUUUUUAUGUAUUUCUUAAAUGUGCUUUAAGUAAUUAACUUUAAAUGAUUAAUAAAGAA